AUUUAGUGCUGGAGGGAUGGUUGCUGGUGCAAAGGGAAAUGAGACGCAUGGGCGGCGUUAUGUUUGUGGGCUUUCUCUCUCUUACCUGACAACUUGAUAAUCUGAGCUUCGACUCACCAACUCGACUCGACUCGACUCGGCCCGACUCCGCCAUGGCGGUUCAGUUCAAAUUCCGAAGCUCCAUGAACUUCGACUCGGUCGAUAUCGACGGCCGAACCUCCAUAUCAAUUCGCGAUCUCAAAUCGAAGAUAAUUUGCCACAAGAACCUCAAUAUAUGCCAAGACACCGAUCUCGUAUUCUCUGAUGCGAUAACUGGUCAAGAGUACACUGACGAGAAUAUUCAAAUUCCGCGUGGUUCUAGCGUGAUAAUCAAGAGAGUGCCCGCAGGAUCAGUUCACGCGGAUGUUGGCAAGCCUCACUUCAACUCAUAUCAGAAUCUUCAUAGCAAGGACUCUGUGAAUGUUAAAUCACUUGUUUCAGCGAAUGUGGAGACUGUUGACUUUGAUGACUUUGGGGUUGACUUGUUUCCCAUUCCUAGGGCAACCUUUUUCAGUUCUGAUAUGGAUGCGGACAAGGAUACCUGCAUCCUUGAUUAUGAGCCAAAUACUGACAACAAAAGAUAUUCAGAGCAAGCUGUGGGAGGAGGCCGUAAGCUUGAAGCAAGUGGCCUUAGUGAUGCUAUUCCAGAAGGUCAUGUACAUAGUGGCGUUGAGCACACCGUACCACAGACAAAACCAAAUCCUGACGAAGACAUGAAUCUGGAAAAGUUGGGUAGUGUGAAUCCCAUAGAUACCCGGCAUGCUGAUUUGUCAUCAGAGCUGAAAUGCUCUUUAUGCUACUCAAUUUUCAAGGAGGCCAUGAUGAUACCAUGCUGCCAGCACAGUUUUUGUGAGAAAUGCAUUUGUCAAGUGCUGCUUGAGAAGGCAAGAUGUCCGAAGUGUUUUUCGACUAAAUGCAGAGUUGAUGAUUUGCUACCGAAUGUAUCACUUAGGCAAGCAAUUGAGCAUUUCCUAGAAUCUCAAAAUUUAAUCACUGGUCCAGAUAAUGAUUGCUGCCAAUAUGCUCCAGAUGGCGAAUCUGGAAUUCAGGCAAAAGAUGUGUCUUGUGGUGGUUGUAUCUUACAAAGAGAGUCAGAGUUGCCUCAAUCUCCUGAAACAGGGAUGGGAUCUAAUCAUUUCUUCGCAGAAUCUGCUCAUAUCCCAGCCUUCAAAGAAGAUGCACCUAACCAUUUGGGUGCAAAAAACUUUCUAAAAAGACACGGUUCUACUCGUAUCGUUCCUGAUGGCUUGGCAGCCUUUGAUGAUUGCCAAGGAGAAAGCAAGCCUAUGCAUAAGCAAGCUGAACCCACAAUAAAGAAAAAGAGGCCACCUUGGGUUUGCACAGCAGGUGGUGACAAGAGUUUCUUGGGGACUGGAAAGCACAGAAAGGGGGAACGUACCUGUUACAUGUGUGGGGCUCCAGACCAUUUCAUAAGAGACUGUCCAGUUGCUUCAAGUCCACAUCCUAUGCUUCAUGCAGGAAAUGCAAUCUUUCCAGGAGUUAUGCCAGGUUGUGUACCAUCAUACUGGAAUGGGGCUCCCUCGCCUCAUGCCCAGCCCUUUAGAAAUCCAUAUGGAAAUCAUGUGAUGACUGCUUUUGAUACAAGUCUGGUCCCUCCUGCUCCUUUUGCUGCUCCUACAUACAUGGCAUCUAUGUAUCAUAACUCGUUUCCUGCCUUUGGUGGAUAUAUGAGGAUGCGAGGUGUCACUCCUCUUCGAGGAACGGGUGAAGACUGCAAUUUAACUCAUCCAGAGUUCCUGGAUCUUCAAGGUCGGGAAAAGAGAAGAAAAUUUUCAAAUGAGAAUUCAAAGAGAGAACAAUCUCAUGAUGGUGCCGAAGACCGUGAUUUAAACAAGAGGCAUUACUGUACUGGGACAGAAAGAUUGGAUGACCAUAAAUCUUGUAUAAACAAAGAAAAGAGUACAAGUUACUCUGAGGACGGCUCUACUAAAGGGUCCCAGAGGCAAUAUCGGCAUCAUAAUCACACAGAUGAUGACAUGCUCUCAAUUGAUGGUCAGCGGAAGAGUUCUCAUUUGGUGGUUGGUGGUAGAGAUCAGAAGCAGUAUCAUCGCACAGAGAGAUCAAGUUCAGAAGUAGAUGAUAUGCCAAGUAGCAGUUGCCACAGUGAAGAGAAACACAAAUACUAUCAUAGAAGCUCCAAAAAGUAUAGGGAAAGAGGAGAACCGUGUGGCAGUGGUUCCAGCCGGAGUCAUCAUCAAAGUAUGAGUAAGAAAGAUGAUCACAGGAAAAGGAUUGAGCACGAUUUCAAAAGGCACAGUCAGAAGCAUCACAGCCACUCAGGAUCCGGCAUAGAACAGAGUGUUUCCAGUGAUAAGAAGUUGCAUAAAGGGAGCAGUCGCAGUUCUAGACAUUCUAAGCACAGUGCAAAGAGUAAUGUUGAUGAGCUGAGUCAUGACAGGUGGCAGAUGGCUAGUGGGUCCGAUGAAGAUGGUGCAGAAGGUUAUCAGUAUUGUAGACGGAAAAGAAAACACUGAAUAGAAGUGCUGAUUUCUGAGAUCUGAUUGACUCGGCUUUGGGACAGUAACUAUUUGUUAAUAUCUGCUAACCCUCUUCACUUUUUUAGCUUGAUCAUAGAGGGGGAAGGCUGGCAAACAAAAGUUUUAACCAGAGCAGCAGUGGUUGGAGAAAACUUCCCUAUCCCCGUUUCAUUGAACCCCCUCUCUCUAUCCUUCACCUUCUUUGAUAGGUGACAAUGAAACGGAGAUAGGGAAGUAUUUCUCACAAUGGUUGAUGUAGACAUAGGGCUCGUAUACCUUUUGCUCGUCAUGAAACUUUACUUUUGCAGCCAUAUUGAAGCUGGUUGAAGGUAUGUUAAAAGAUACAGAAACAGAAGACAUAAAAUCGGGGGUUAAUAUUGCCUCCUCAAGUUGGCAAGCUUCCGAAGUUAUACAUUUUGAUUAAGCCAGUAUAUCCCAGUUACCCAUUGCUGUGAGUAAAUAUAAAAUUCAGUUUAGAGUGUUGGGGCUAAAUUAGUAGAUAAUAUCAUUAAAAAAGAAUUCUGGAUCAAAACAAAAGUGAGUUGAGUUUUGGCAUUGCUGGUUGAUUUUCCAAUUCCUUAUUUUAA